UGUAGUUACUGUCUAGGCUGCUACUUGACCGUCGUCAGCAGAGUGGCGGCGAACGAGCGACUACAUCUCCCACAAUGCACCGAGUGCAAACAGAUGAACGCUAACUAGGUUGUAGUUUAUUUAAAGUUAACUCUCGCAUGUUUCUUAUUUGAAAUGUGUACAAUAAGUCAUAUCGUGUUAAGGUUUGUUUUCUAUGUUUUACUUGAAUUUCCAUAAGGGGAGGCGGGCUCACGUGAUGCACGGAAGUAGGCUGGGAACGGAAACAAAGACGAGCAAGAAAGACAGAAGUAUCACUCUGAUGCCAUUUUGAAUGUUCUACUUCGUCGUUUGCACGCGCAGCACGUCAACUUUUGAUGAAAGGUAUUCAGCGAGCGCUCGUACUUUGCUGCUGAAUAAACGAUCUCGGUGCUGGCUGAGGAGCGCGAGCAGCUAGCAGCUAGCAGCUAGCUAGCUAGCGAGUCGUCGGCGGCGCGUUAUGAAACCGCGAGAAAGUUCCAUCAUGAGCUCCCUGGUGCAGAGGAUCGCCCGGCAGGCCCUCGUCACGUUCCGCCAGCCGCCUCACUCGUUCCCCGAGGAGCACAGCCAGCUGCUGGGCCUGCUGAGCCAGGUGCGUGCCGCCGACCUGCGACUGGCCCCGCCCGGCUCGCGCCCCCCCCCGCCCCGCGGCGCCCCCCCGGUCACCUACAUGCACAUCUGCGAGACGGACCACUUCAGCAUGGGCGUGUUCCUCCUCCAAAGCGGCGCCUGCAUCCCCCUGCACGACCACCCGGGCAUGCACGGCCUGCUCAAGGUCGUGUACGGAAAGCUGCGCGUCAGCUGCUUCGACAAGCUGGACAGAGGACCGGAACCGGGAGCCCCUCGGCCCUCCCGGCCUCAAGUGGGCGCCCUGCGGCGCUCGGUUCUGCGAUCCAGCGCCGAGUACGCGGACGACAGCCAGCCGUGCGUGCUGGCGCCCGACCGGGACAACCUGCACCAAAUCGACGCCUUGGACGGACCCGCCGCCUUCGUGGACGUCCUGGCGCCGCCCUACGACCCGGACGACGGACGGGACUGUCACUACUUCCGGGUCCUGCAGGGCGCCGAGCUCAGGGAGUCUCACGAGCGGGAGGUCUGGCUCAUGGAGAUCGCCCAGCCCUUGUCCUUCUGGUGCGGGACGGAACCCUACCCGGGCCCCGAGGUGCGCCUCUGAGGUGACCGCCGAGGCCCCCGGACCCGCCGAGUCGGGUGACCUCACGAAAGACGGCGCGAUUGUUCCGUAAACGAUUGGCGUGUCUUUUUUUUCCCCCCGCGGCGCAUAUUUGACAGCACAGUGGUGCCUUGACUUCUGAGUUUUUCCAGCUCCGAGAGCCUUCGCGUGGGCCGUUGGAUUAAUUUUUUUUCUGAAUGUUUGCUUUGUGUUUCCAGCCAAAAUUGAAGUUGAGCACAAGAUUCAGACUCGCUGCUACUAAAGUGAAAACGGAGCAGUUGAGAUCCUUUAAUGCCCCGGCAUGCGGGCAGGGAGAGCCACAGUCGCCCUUUAUUCGAACGGGGCAAAUGCAAAAUAAUGGAGCUGCUAUAGAUCACGACUCGCGCGCAGAUGCUCCCACGCGGGCCGACCAACCCGACUCCAGCUCUCCCUGGGCCACGCCCCUUUUAAAGGCACACAUCCAACACACACAUGCAACAGUAUUUGCAGUUGUUACCGUGGUUCCAACAACAACAGAAAUAUUAUCCAUUUUCUGUAACGCUUCUCCUCACGCGGGUCGCGGGCGUGCUGGGGCCUAUCCCAGGUAUCUCCGGGCGAGAGGCGGGGUACAAAGCAAUGAAAUGCACAUAGUCUACAGUAUCACUGUACAGUAUGUUGAGGAGUUCAAAAGGUCUUUAAGAGUAAAAAAAAAAAAAAAGUCUAUCAGAGUAUGGUGACGGUUAAUAGUGUGGGGAAGAUAAAUAAGACUGGUGAGGUUCAUACAACUUUAAAAUAUGUAUAAAUAAUUAAAAAUAUAUAAAUUUAGUCUCUACCUUGCGGAUUUCAUCUAUUGCGGUGGUGGUCCGGAACCUCACCUCCACCAUAAACGAGUCGUUAUACUUUUUGAAAGCACUCACUUUUAGCUUUGUAUAAACUAAAGUGGCAUUUGUUUCCAUUAAAAACAAAAACAUGUGGGAAACUGGUUUGAAAUAUGAGUAAAUUGAGUUACGAGCUUGGUCACCGGAUAAAAUAAACUCAUAAGUCAAGGUACCGCUGUACAAUGAAAUCAUGAAAUCUGUUUUCAAUGUACUCACAAAUGAUCUCCGCUAUUCGUGAAUUGUGAAAAUAUGGAAAUAAUUGGCACCGGUUAUAAUUGUAUUG